CCUGAUGAUUACAUCAAGGUCUUUAAGGGUGAUAUGGUUCAAAUACUUGUAUCUCAAUUACAUAAAGACCCGGAACAGUUCAAUGAUCCAGAAAAGUUUGAACCGGAUAGAUUUUUACCACAAAACAUUUCACACCAUCCCUACUCAUACCUGCCUUUUGGCGCCGGACCGCGUAAUUGUGUGGCUAAACGGUUGGCUCUAAUGGAGGCAAAGUUGGCUAUACUUUACUCCGUAUAUAAUUAUCGGUUUGAAAUAUGCGACAAAACAUCGGUUUUCAUUGGAAUUGUAUAUUUAAUAAUCAAAUACUAUCGGCGGGACAAUAGCCAGCAGUGGAAGGAUAGGAAUAUAAAGCCGGGAAAUCCCAAUUCACUCUAUCAGUUAGUCUGGAAAAAACGGUUUCCCGAAGAAUUAUAUCGUUAUGGAGACAAAAAAUAUGGUAAAUUGUAUGGCUUUAAGGGGUUGGGCACCACAACCAUCGUAUGCGCCCGAACUGACUUCAUAAGUCAAGUGCUCAGCAAAGAGUUUGCAACUUUUAAUCAAAGACGGAGUAUGGGAUCCUCAGGAGGAGACCCCAUAAUGGAUAACAUGUUACAUGUAGUGAUGGGCGACCAAUGGAAACGCCUGCGGGCUAUAGUGUCGCCCACUUUUUCGACUGGAAAGUUACGCAAAAUGCGGCCUUUGAUUGACGACUGUUUGCAAGCAUUAGUUACAAAUAUUGGCAAAAUGUCGGCCAAUAGUGACCAUUCAGUUGACAUGAAGACCGUUUACGGCGCGUAUACUAUGGAAGUGAUAAUACAAGUGGCGUUUGGCACAAAAGUGGACGCACUUAUCGACGACAAGAACCCCAUUAUAUUGAAUGCCAAGGAAUUAAUGGCCAACUUUUCUGUCAGUAAACUUCCGAGGAUUAUGCUUAUUAUGUUAUUGCCUAAAUUGGCUAAGCUUUUAGGCCUACAAUUAUUUCCGCGACAUAUUCUCGCAUUUUUUGCUGAUUUUGUUCAUAAGAUAAUCGCUGAGCGCCGCAGCCGUAAGGCAUCAGAUGGUGACAAGAGAUAUGACUUUUUGCAACUAUUAUUGGACGCAAACGAAAGAAAGAAUGAGGAAAAUAGUGAUGAAACUCACAAACAGGAAACUACUACUGAAUCGGAUGUGUUAUCUGAGGAACAGACAACUCCUUUGCAACUAAAUACCAAAAGUAUGUCAGACGAGGAGAUGAUAUCGCAAUGUGUGUUGUUUUUUAUCGCCGGUUUUGACACGACAUCAACCACUAUAUCGUACGCCAUAUAUCUGUUGUCCGAAAGCCAGGAAUCGCAACAAAAGUUAUUUGAAGAGUCAAAGAGUAUUUUUGAAACUAAACAAGAUAUUGAUUACGAUGCCAUUGAAAGGCUUGAAUAUCUAAAUGCCUGUCUCAUGGAAACCCUGCGUCUGUUCCCACCGGCUCUGGCACUGGAAAGAAAGGCAUCGGAAGAUAUUACUCUAACCGGUGAUGGAGGUCCCGAUGAUUACAUCAAGGUCUUUAAGGGUGAUAUAAUCCAAAUACCCGUUUGUGUAUUACAUGAAGAUCCGGAACACUUUAAAGAUCCCAAACAGUUUAAACCGGAGAGGUUUUUACCACAAAACAUAACACAUCACCCGUACGCUCACCUCCCGUUUGGUGGCGGACCCCGUAAUUGUGUGGCCAAACGGUUGGCUUUAAUGGAGGCAAAGUUAGCUAUACUUUACUCCGUAUAUAAUUAUCGGUUUGAAAUAUGCGACAAAACUUUGCGUCCGCCCGAACGGAACCACACUUUGGGACUAAUUAUACCGAAAGAAGUUGUGCUGAGAGUCGAGAAACGCGUUCAUUGA